UCAUUGGGUCCUUGUUUGAUGCUAAUUAGGAAUAAGGUCAAGAUUGUGAUGGCCGGAGCCGUUCCCCCACUUGUUGAGCUCCUCAAAUUCCAAAAUGGUAGUUUAAGGGAUUUAGCAACUGCAGCAAUCUUAACACUCUCAGCUGCUGCUCUGAACAAGCCAAUCAUUGCAGAUUCUGGAGCGGCGCCUCUCCUGGUUGAGAUCCUCAGCUCCGGAAGUGUUCAAGGAAAAGUUGAUGCUGUGACUGCCUUACACAAUCUCUCCACCUGCAAAGAGAACUCAACUACUAUUCUGGAUGCUACAGCCGUUCGUCCUCUUAUCAACCUCCUCAAGGAAUGCAAAAAGUACUCCAAGUUUGCUGAAAAAACUACUGCCCUUCUCGAGAUCCUCUCCAAUUUCGAAGAAGGACGUACUGCAAUCUCAAACACAGAAGGCGGGAUAUUAACCUUAGUAGAGACUGUUGAAGAUGGAUCCCUAAUCAGCACACAACAUGCGGUUGGAGCAUUGCUCUCCAUGUGUCAGAGCUGCCGCGACAAAUACAGGGAACUCAUUCUUAACGAAGGUGCAGUCCCAGGUCUUCUUCGACUGACAGUAGAUGGCACAGCUGAAGCCCGGGAGAGAGCUCAUACGCUACUAGACUUGCUUAGAGAUUCUCCCCAGCAAAAGCAACUGGCAUCCUCCGUUUUAGAGAGAAUUGUAUACGACAUUGCCACAAGGGUAGAUGGAGCGGACAAAGCAGCUGAAACCGCAAAGAGGUUAUUGGAAGACAUGGUUAAAAGAAGCAUGGAGCAUAGCAUGAACCGAAUCGAGCAGAGAGCUGCAUCUUGUACACCUUCGAAUACGCAGUCUACGUAAUAAUUUUGUUUGGCUGUUGGAGUUUCACAAAUCACUGGGGUAAAAGUUAUUUGUUUGGUCAGUUAAAACUCUGCACCCUGCUAAAUCGCCCUCCAGUUACUGGAGUUUAAAUGUCGGAUUGGAGUAAGGGUGAAUUGUGAGUCCAUUGUAUAUCUCAAACUUUGUUCAUGUAUAUAUAUAAAAUCACUCUGAUAUUUUACCGCACA